AUGUCUGGCCGAAAAUUGUCGAUAAUGGCUUUCGGCUACAUGCAGAAAAGGCGACGGAGUAGCGCGAGAAGAAAAGAGUCAAGGCGAUGGAAAGAGCCACCGUCAAAGGCUUUGAGGGCAUCACAGAUCGAAAUGAAAUCCUCAUCGUUGGAGGAUGAGAUGACAUCCGAUGCCAUUCAGACUCUUUCGGAUGCGUUGGAUAAAGGAGGAAUUGAGAAUGACAUUGCCACUUAUAUGAAGUCGACUUUUGAGAAGAAAUAUGGCAACAACUGGAAUUGCAUUGUUGGUCGUAACUUCGGCAGUCAUCUCUCUUGUGUCGAACAUGUGCAUCUUUCUGUAUCGAAGAUCUCCGUUUUACUUUUUCGAUGUGAA